AUGGAACAUUCGUCCCCGUUGGCUGCCAUGCAGCCCCCCUCGGUGAUGUUUGGGCAUUGCUUUCGUGCAGAUGCACCGACAUCCUAUACUUCUUUCAGUCCAAUGCGUGGACUGGGCCACAAGAAUUUCAACUUCAAAGACCUCUCCAUGAAGAAAGGCCAUGGGGACUAUUUUAAUGUGAAACCCGUUCGAGGCUCGUCUCCCACGGCUAGCCUCGCCGCGGAUCUGUCUCAAAAUUUUCACAUUGAUCAAAGUCCGCAGCUGACUACGCCCCGGCGGUCUUUGUUCACUGCGAGUCUGCUCGGGAAUAGUAACCGGUGUGAGUCUAUGACCACACCUCCACUGCCCGCGUCCUCGCCUGCUCCCGCCAUGGAUAUCAUGGAAAUGUCCCCGUUACCGCAUAAGCCGGCGUUCGGCCUUCUGAACGAAGCCGAACUUGACUCGCCUAGCCUGGAUUCUACAAUGGAUACUCCGAUGAUGUCUGCCGCCGCUAGCCCACUCGAGGAAUCGCCCCUCGUCCAGCAAAAGGAUAGCCUGCAAGAGAGAAGACGUCCGACAUUCUUGCGGCCAAGUUUAGCCAGGAGCAAAGCCCAGACCUUUCAGCUGGGCAUGACCAAACCCGCCCCGGAGAGCCAGGCACCACCAUUCAAGUUCCAGAGCAAAGGAGGGAAAACAUCGCUGAGCGCAUCUGCAUCACUGGAGGACAUGUUCAACGAGUCACCACAGCGGGAACGGCCAUCAUUGAGUCGCCACUCCAGCGGAAUCCUGAUCAAUCCCCGUCUGAGACCCCAACUUGGAAGCAGUGGGAGCCAUGUCCGCGGCAAUGGCUCGCCCACGGCGGCUUCGAUCCGCAAAAAUUCCCACCCGAUGACGCGCCCUCGGAAACAGUGCCGCCGCUCGUUGAGCAUGUUUGAGCACCCGGAGGAUAUUGUUGUCGAUAAAGAGGCUAACUAUACUACAAAUGCACCACUUCCGUCGAUCCCCGACAUUGAAGGAACCCCGAGCCUGCAGCUCCCUCACACCUUUUCUGAGGACCAGGCCGAUACACUGCCUCGCAUCGACAAGAGUAUCCUCGUGGAGCUCCUGGAUGGCAAGUACAAUGAUCGUUUCGAUAACAUCAUGGUCGUCGACUGCCGCUUCGAGUAUGAGUACGAGGGCGGGCACAUCACCGGAGCCGUGAACUACAACGACAAGGACUUUCUGGCCGCCGAACUCUUCGCAAGCCCAAAGCCGCGGACGGCCUUGGUCUUUCAUUGCGAAUAUUCCGCCCAUCGGGCCCCGAUCAUGGCGAAGUAUAUCCGGCACAAGGAUCGUGCCUAUAACGUGGACCAAUAUCCGCACCUCAGCUAUCCUGACAUGUACAUUUUGGAGGGUGGCUACAGCGCAUUCUUUGCGGAACAUCGGACAUUGUGCUAUCCACAAAAUUAUGUCGAGAUGAGCGCCAAGGAACACGAGUUUGCCUGCGAGCGUGGCCUCGGGAAGGUCAAGCAGAGGUCCAAGCUCAACCGAGCGCAGACGUUUGCCUUUGGUCAGCACUCUCCUCAGAUGGAAGACAGUCCGACGGGGAGGUGUCGCAACAACGCUGGUGACCGCAACCGGUUUCUCGGCUCCCCAUUCGCCGAGAGUCCGGCAUCUGGACGCUUCUCCGGCCGACGUAUGCUUUCCUACUGA